AUGGUUGGAGCUAGGGUUAGGGUUAGGGUUAGAGCUAGGGUUAGGGUUAGGGUUGGAGCUAUGGUUAGGGUUAGGGUUGGAGGUAGCGUUAGGGUUAGGGUUGGAGGUAGCGUUAGGGUUAGGGUUAGGGUUGGAGCUAGGGUUAGGGUUAGGGUUGGAGGUAGCGUUAGGGUUAGGGUUAGGGUUGGAGCUAGGGUUAGGGUUAGGGUUAGGGUUGGAGGUAGGGUUAGGGUUAGGGUUGGAGGUAGGAUUAGGGUUAGGGUUGGAGGUAGCGUUAGGGUUAGGGUUAGGGUUGGAGCUAGGGUUAGGGUUAGGGUUAGGGUAAGAGGUAGCAUUAGGGUUAGGGUUAGGGUUAGGGUUGGAGCUAGGGUUAGGGUUAGGGUUAGGGUUGGAGCUAGGGUUAGGGUUAGGGUUAGGGUUGGAGGUAGCGUUAGGGUUAGGGUUAGGGUUGGAGCUAGGGUUAGGGUUAGGGUUGGAGCUAGGGUUAGGGUUAGGGUUGGAGCUAGGGUUAGGGUUAGGGUUGGAGGUAGCGUUAGGGUUAGGGUUAGGGUUGGAGCUAGGGUUAGGGUUAGGGUUGGAGCUAGGGUUAGGGUUAGGGUUAGGGUUGGAGCUAGGGUUAGGGUUAGGGUUAGGGUUGGAGGUAGCGUUAGGGUUAGGGUUGGAGCUAGGGUUAGGGUUAGGGUUGGAGCUAGGGUUAGGGUUAGGGUUGGAGGUAGGAUUAGGGUUAGGGUUGGAGGUAGCGUUAGGGUUAGGGUUAGGGUUGGAGCUAGGGUUAGGGUUAAGGUUAGAGUUGGAGCUAGGGUUAGGGUUAGGGUUGGAGGUAGGAUUAGGGUUAGGGUUGGAGGUAGCGUUAGGUUUAGGGUUAGGGUUGGAGCUAGGGUUAGGGUUAGGGUUGGAGCUAGGGUUAGGGUUAGGGUUGGAGGUAGCAUUAGGGUUAGGGUUAGGGUUAGGGUUGGAGCUAGGGUUAGGGUUAGGGUUGGAGCUAGGGUUAGGGUUAAGGUUGGAGGUAGCGUUAGGGUUAGGGUUAGGGUUGGAGCUAGGGUUAGGGUUAGGGUUGGAGCUAGGGUUAGGGUUAGGGUUGGAGUUAGGGUUGGAGCUAGGGUUAGGGUUCGGGUUAGGGUUGGAGCUAGGGUUAGGGUUAGGGUUAGAGCUAGGUUUAGGGUUAGGGUUGGAGCUAGGGUUAGGGUUAGGGUUAGGGUUGGAGGUAGCGUUAGGGUUAGGGUUAGGGUUAGGGUUGGAGCUAGGGUUAGGGUUGGAGCUAGGGUUAGGGUUAGGGUUAGAGCUAGGGUUAGGGUUAGGGUUAGGGUUAGGGUUGGAGCUAGGGUUAGGGUUUGAGCUAGGGUUAGGGUUAGGGUUAGAGCUAGGGUUAGGGUUAGGGUUGGAGGUAGCGUUAGGGUUGGGGUUAGAGCUAGGGUUAGGAUUGGAGCUAGGGUUAGGGUUAGGGUUAGGGUUAGAGCUAGGGUUAGGGUUAGGGUUAGGGUUGGAGGUAGCGUUAGGGUUAGGGUUAGGGUUGGAGGUAGGGUUAGGGUUAGAGUUGGAGCUAGGGUUAGGGUUGGAGGUAUGGUUAGGUGUGGGGUUGGAGCUAGGGUUAGGGUUGCAGCUAGGGUUAGGGUUAGGGUUGGAGCUAGGGUUAGGGUUAGGGUUAGGGUUGGAGGUAGCGUUAGGGUUAGGGUUGGGACUAGGGUUAGGGUUAGGGUUGGAGCUAGGGUUAGGGUUAGGGUUAGGGUUGGAGGUAGCAUUAGGGUUAGGGUUAGGGUUGGAGCUAGGGUUAGGAUUAGGGUUAGGGUUGGAGCUAGGGUUAGGGUUAGGGUUAGGGUUGGAGGUAGCGUUAGGGUUAGGGUUGGAGCUAGGGUUAGGGUUAGGGUUAGGGUUGGAGCUAGGGUUAGGGUUAGGGUUGAAGCUAAGGUUAGGGUUAGGGUUAGGGUUGGAGCUAGGGUUAGGGUUAGGGUUGGAGCUAGGGUUAGGGUUGGAGGUAGCGUUAGGGUUAGGGUUUGAGCUAGGGUUAGGGUUAGGGUUAGGGUUAGGGUUAGAGGGUUAGGGUUAGAGGUAGCAUUAGGGUUAGGGUUAGGGUUGGAGCUAGGGUUAGGAUUAGGGUUAGGGUUGGAGCUAGGGUUAGGGUUAGGGUUAGGGUUGGAGGUAGCGUUAGGGUUAGGGUUUGAGCUAGGGUUAGGGUUAGGGUUGGAGCUAGGGUUAAGGUUAGGGUUGAAGCUAAGGUUAGGGUUAGGGUUGGGCUUUGAGCUAGGGUUAGGGUUAGGGUUGGAGCUAGGGUUAGGGUUGGAGGUAGCGUUAGGGUUAGGGUUAGGGUUGGAGCUAGGGUUAGGGUUAGGAUUAGGGUUGGAAGUAGCGUUAGGGUUAGGGUUUGGGUUGGAACUAGUGUUAGGGUCAGGGUUGGAGCUAGGGUUAGGGUUAGGGUUGGAGGUAGCAUUAGGGUUAGGGUUAGGGCUAGGGUUAGGGAUAGGGUUAGGGUUGGAGCUAGGGUUAGGGUUAGAGUUUGGGUUGGAGGUAGCGUUAGGGUUAGGGUUGCAGCUAGGGUUAGGGUUAGGGUUAGGGUUGGAGCUAGGGUUAGGGUUAGGGUUGGAGCUAGCGUUAGGGUUAGGGUUAGGGUUGGAGCUAGGGUUAGGGUUAAGGUUAGGGUUGGAGGUAGGGUUAGGGUUAGGGUUGGAGGUAGGAUUAGGGUUAGGGUUGGAGGUAGCGUUAGGGUUAGGGUUAGGGUUGGAGCUAGGGUUAGGGUUAGGGUUAGGGUUAGGAGGUAGCAUUAGGGUUAGGGUUAGGGUUAGGGUUGGAGCUAGGGUUAGGGUUAGAGUUAGGGUUGGAGCUAGGGUUAGGGUUAGGGUUAAGGUUGGAGGUAGCGUUAGGGUUAGGGUUAGGGUUGGAGCUAGGGUUAGGGUUAGGGUUGGAGCUAGGGUUAGGGUUAGGGUUGGAGCUAGGGUUAGGGUUAGGGUUGGAGGUAGUGUUAGGGUUAGGGUUAGGGUUGGAGCUAGGGUUAGGGUUAGGGUUGGAGCUAGGGUUAGGGUUAGGGUUAGGGUUGGAGCUAGGGUUAGGGUUAGGGUUAGGGUUGGAGGUAGCGUUAGGGUUAGGGUUGGAGCUAGGGUUAGGGUUAGGGUUGGAGGUAGUGUUAGGGUUAGGGUUGGAGGUAGGAUUAGGGUUAGGGUUGGAGGUAGCGUUAGGGUUAGGGUUAGGGUUGGAGCUAGGGUUAGGGUUAAGGUUAGGGUUGGAGCUAGGGUUAGGGUUAGGGUUGGAGGUAGGAUUAGGGUUAGGGUUGGAGGUAGCGUUAGGGUUAGGGUUAGGGUUGGAGCUAGGGUUAGGGUUAGGGUUGGAGCUAGGGUUAGGGUUAGGGUUAGGGUUGGAGGUAGCAUUAGGGUUAGGGUUAGGGUUAGGGUUGGAGCUAGGGUUAGGGUUAGGGUUGGAGCUAGGGUUAGGGUUAAGGUUGGCGGUAGCGUUAGGGUUAGGGUUAGGGUUGGAGCUAGGGUUAGGGUUAGGGUUGGAGCUAGGGUUAGGGUUAGGGUUGGAGUUAGGGUUGGAGCUAGGGUUAGGGUUCGGGUUAGGGUUGGAGCUAGGGUUAGGGUUAGGGUUAGAGCUAGGUUUAGGGUUAGGGUUGGAGCUAGGGUUAGGGUUAGGGUUAGGGUUGGAGGUAGCGUUAGGGUUAGGGUUAGGGUUAGGGUUGGAGCUAGGGUUAGGGUUGGAGCUAGGGUUAGGGUUAGGGUUAGAGCUAGGGUUAGGGUUAGGGUUAGGGUUGGAGCUAGGGUUAGGGUUUGAGCUAGGGUUAGGGUUAGAGCUAGGGUUAGGGUUAGGGUUGGAGGUAGCGUUAGGGUUAGGGUUAGAGCUAGGGUUAGGAUUGGAGCUAGGGUUAGGGUUAGGGUUAGGGUUAGAGCUAGGGUUAGGGUUAGGGUUAGGGUUGGAGGUAGCGUUAGGGUUAGGGUUAGGGUUGGAGGUAGGGUUAGGGUUAGAGUUGGAGCUAGGGUUAGGGUUGGAGGUAGGGUUAGGUGUGGGGUUGGAGCUAGGGUUAGGGUUGCAGCUAGGGUUAGGGUUAGGGUUGGAGCUAGGGUUAGGGUUAGGGUUAGGGUUGGAGGUAGCGUUAGGGUUAGGGUUGGGAGGGUUAGGGUUAGGGUUGGAGCUAGGGUUAGGGUUAGGGUUGGAGGUAGCAUUAGGGUUAGGGUUAGGGUUGGAGCUAGGGUUAGGAUUAGGGUUCGGGUUGGAGCUAGGGUUAGGGUUAGGGUUAGGGUUGGAGGUAGCGUUAGGGUUGGAGCUAGGGUUAGGGUUAGGGUUAGGGUUGGAGCUAGGGUUAGGGUUAGGGUUGAAGCUAAGGUUAGGGUUAGGGUCAGGGUUGGAGCUAGGGUUAGGGUUAGGGUUGGAGCUAGGGUUAGGGUUGGAGGUAGCGUUAGGGUUAGGGUUUGAGCUAGGGUUAGGGUUAGGGUUAGGGUUAGAGCUAGGUUUAGGGUUAGGGUUGGAGCUAGGGUUAGGGUUAGGGUUGGAGGUAGCGUUAGGGUUAGGGUUAGGGUUAGGGUUGGAGCUAGGGUUAGGGUUGGAGCUAGGGUUAGGGUUAGGGUUAGAGCUAGGGUUAGGGUUAGGGUUAGGGUUGGAGCUAGGGUUAGGGUUUGAGCUAGGGUUAGGGUUAGAGCUAGGGUUAGGGUUAGGGUUGGAGGUAGCGUUAGGGUUAGGGUUAGAGCUAGGGUUAGGAUUGGAGCUAGGGUUAGGGUUAGGGUUAGGGUUAGAGCUAGGGUUAGGGUUAGGGUUAGGGUUGGAGGUAGCGUUAGGGUUAGGGUUAGGGUUGGAGGUAGGGUUAGGGUUAGAGUUGGAGCUAGGGUUAGGGUUGGAGGUAGGGUUAGGUGUGGGGUUGGAGCUAGGGUUAGGGUUGCAGCUAGGGUUAGGGUUAGGGUUGGAGCUAGGGUUAGGGUUAGGGUUAGGGUUGGAGGUAGCGUUAGGGUUAGGGUUGGGACUAGGGUUAGGGUUAGGGUUGGAGCUAGGGUUAGGGUUAGGGUUAGGGUUGGAGGUAGCAUUAGGGUUAGGGUUAGGGUUGGAGCUAGGGUUAGGAUUAGGGUUCGGGUUGGAGCUAGGGUUAGGGUUAGGGUUAGGGUUGGAGGUAGCGUUAGGGUUGGAGCUAGGGUUAGGGUUAGGGUUAGGGUUGGAGCUAGGGUUAGGGUUAGGGUUGAAGCUAAGGUUAGGGUUAGGGUCAGGGUUGGAGCUAGGGUUAGGGUUAGGGUUGGAGCUAGGGUUAGGGUUGGAGGUAGCGUUAGGGUUAGGGUUUGA